AUGGAAGGAGCUUUGUGGUCAAGUGCUAACCUCACCUCCACCUCUGGGGCCCCCAACUCCAGCAGUGACCUGGCCCAGGAGCUGGGAGUGGACACCCACUGGUCCUCCAAGGUGGUCAUCACUGUGCUGUAUGUUCUCAUCUUCUUGGUGGGCACCAUAGGGAACGUGCUGACCAUCAGCCUGGUUCUGAAGAAGCACAACCUGCACAGCCUGCAGAGCACAGUGCACUAUCACCUGGUGAGUCUGGCUCUGUCUGACAUCCUCAUCCUGCUCAUCAGCAUCCCCAUAGAGCUCUACAACUUCAUCUGGGUCCACUAUCCCUGGGUGUUUGGGGACGUGGUCUGCAGGAGUUACUACUUCCUCAGGGACAUGUGUUCCUAUGCCACCGUCCUGAACAUCGCCAGCCUGAGCUGUGAGAGGUACCUGGCCAUCUGCCACCCCAUGACAGCCAAGAGGAUCAUGUCCAGGAUGAGAACCAAGAAGAUCCUGUCUGCCAUCUGGAUCACCUCCUUGGUGUUUGCAAUGCCCAUGGCAUUUAUUAUGGGAGUGAAGUACAAGGGCACAGAUACAGAUGGAGAGCCAGACCCAUCAUCCCUAGUGUGUACCAGCCUGGUAUCUACUGCCACCCUGAAAGUCUUCAUUCAGGUAUACAAAGUAUCUUCCUAAAAAGAUUCAUCUCUACCCAAUAUCUUUAUAGAACUCUUUUAUUCCCCCACUCUCCCUCCUUCUCCCCUCUUUUUCUCUCUCUCCUCCCUCUUCUCAGUUUCUCUCCUCUUUUAAGUUUUAGACCUCAUUGCUUUCCCCUCUUUCUUCUCCCUCUUCUCUCUCACCUCUCUCCCUCAGUCUCUCUGUUUUAAACUCUCUUUCAAUCUCUCCCCUCUCUCCCUCUUAAUCUCUCUCUUUUUUCCAGCUAUUUUUUUAGCAAGCAAUGAGAACUCGCAAUUAUUCUAUGUUCUAUACCUCUAUAGGGGAGGAUUUACCAAGGCAGAAAAAGUUGCUAUUCAUGUGCAAAGUGCUACAUUAAGAGCAAUCACCAUGACAACCAAUAGAUGUAUUUGCUCCAGAUUGACACGUGUGUUACCUUGAUAAAUGACCCCCUUCCCCUCCCAUAGUGUUUUUGUGAGAAAUGCAUUUACUGAGUUUAACCCCAUAUCCUUUCUUGCAUUAUAUCCUUACCUUGAUUGCUUGCCUUGGUGGUAAGUAACAUAUUGACAAUUUGUCAUCACACAAGGUUGGUGUAUUUUAUAAAAUAUAGAAACAAAAAAAAAACCUCCCAAGUCUACCACUAGGAACAACAAUAUCAAACUCCCUCUCAAUUGCAAUUAAUUCGAGGUUUAGUGAAAUCCAUAAAAUGGUCAGGUGCAAUUUGUAAGAGAACAUAUUUAUUUUAGCCUCUUUUGGACUGUUUUAUACUUGUAAGCAAUACUUUUGUAAACUUAGCUUAGUGAUCCAUUUUUCAGGUGUGAUAUAUAGUGCUAUAUCACGUAUGUUUUUCUGUAUAUAUAUACCCCAUAUAUAUUAUAUGUUUUGUUACAAUUAGAUGAUUGUCAUGUUUCCUAUUGUACAGCGCUGCAUAAUAUGUUGGCGCUAUAAAAAAAAAGUAUAUAUAUAUAUAUAUAUAUAUAGAGAGAUGUAGUAAUGGAAGCUGUUUUAAAGAGUUUUGACCAUAUUGUUGACACGAAACGAAGCCAAGAGGGUCCAAAAAACAGAAGGUUAUUCUGUUUUUUGGACCCUGAGGAAAGUCCCGAGCUGGGACUGAAACGUUGGUCAUUGCUUUUAUUAUGAUUCAAUAAAAACUUCUUUUUUUAAAACCGGAGAGCAGCCGUUGCCACUUUGGAGUCUGUGUAUCGUGGAGCCCUGGUGUUUGCUCCCGGCGGAGGGACUUUGGACGUGAGUGCAGGGGAUUUUCGAAUUUUUUUUUAUAUAUAUAUAUAUAUAUAUACACACACCACACAUAAACACACAUGCAAAAAAAUAUAUUCUGCAAAUAACUUCAUUAGCCUCUUCCCAGUGUCAGGGGAUUCUCCGUGGCUGUAAAAAGGACAAUGCUGCUUCUGUAACCACCUUGGGAUUUAUUUACUAAACACCAAUUAGUGGCAAAAUGUGGGGGAAAGAAUAAGUGAUUUUGAAAAAUUCUCCAACUAUAUGCCCAGAUUAGCUGUCUGAUUCCGAAUUAGGGAAUUGAUAUGUCAGUUUGCUUCAGUUCAAUGUUUAGGAAUAAGUCCCUUUACAGUAGGCAGUUGCUGGAUCCUGAUGAAAAGGUCAUGCCUAUCAUGAUCAAUGGAGAACCACUACAAACAGCAUAGAACCCCGGGGGUUUAGUAUUAGUGACCUAAUAUGUAAUUUACCUAUAAAAUAUCUUUCACUGAUCGUUUUCAGAUUUCAUCUUUAUAUCUUGUUUAUUUUUCUUUUUAUUCUCACAUAAUAAAAUAAAUGUGGAAUUAAUAUAUAUUUAUAACCACGCUGUUAUGCACUGGUGUAUAGCUGUAAUAUAUUGUACUCUGGGCUUGGGGCAAGUCAAUAACUUGCUAUAAUGUUUUUAUUGGUAUAAACUGCAUUAUUAAGAAUUUUUUUUAUUUUUUUAUUCUUCAACUGAAAAUGUAAUUGUUAACAUCAAACAACAGGAAUAGUCUUUGCUAAAUAGAUAUUAUAAUAAUAUUUGGCAGAGAAAAAUAAAUAUAUGUAUGUAAGGAAAAGGUCUUACCAGAAAGUAGGAUAUCACAAGCAUCAUGUAAAAUAAAUACAUUUAUUAACUAUAGAGACGUUGUGUGUUGUAUUCCAUAUUUAUUUGUUUGUUUUAUUUACUGUUUGAGAUGCACAUACACUAUUUGUAGUUGCAAUGUGCUCCUUAUAUAAUUUUCUGGUGCCAUUUUGGUAUUUGUCAAUCUUUAUACAUAUAGUAUGAUAUAUAGUUACCUCACAUCUGUACUGGGUUUUGCAGGUCAGUCCUAAUUUUUUGUCUCUUUUUUGUUCUGGGUGAUGCACCUUUACAGUUGUGCUUCUACUGUGCUUUGCAAACUCAGGGCAUUUUCCAGAGCAGGGGUGCGUUAACACUGCUCUGUUCAUAUCGGUUCUGGGGGAGAAUGGCCAUCACUGCUCUGUGCAUAGCAGUCCUGGGGGAGAAUGGCCAUCAGUGCUCUGUUCAUGGCAGUCCUGGGGAAGAGUGGCCAUCAGUGCUCUGUUUAUGGUGGUCUUGGGGGAGAAUGAUCACCAGUGCUCUGUUCAUGGCGGUCCUGGGGGAGAAUGGCCAUCAGAGCCCUAUUCAUAUCGGUCCUGGGGGAGAAUGGCCUUCAGUGCUCUGUUCAUGGCGGUCCUGGGGGAGAAUGGCCAUCAGUGCUCUGUGCAUGGCAGCCCUGGUGGAGAAUAGCCAUCAAUGCUCUGGGCAUUGCAGUCCUGGGGGAGAAUGGCCAUCAGUGCUCUGUUCAUAUCGGUCCUGGGACGAGAAUGGCCAUUAGUGCUCUGUGCUUGGGUGUCCUGGGGGAAAAUGACCAUCAGUGCUCUGUUCAUGGGGGUCCUGGGGGAGAAUGGCCAUCAGUGCUCUGUUCAUAUCGGUCCUGGGACGAGAAUGGCCAUUAGUGCUCUGUGCUUGGGUGUCCUGGGGGAAAAUGACCAUCAGUGCUCUGUUCAUGGGGGUCCUGGGGGAGAAUGGCCAUCAGUGCUCUACGCAUGGCAGUCCUGGAAAAGAAUGGCCAUCCAAGUAAAAUUUCAUUCCCAUGUUCCUGCACCCCAGGUGAACAUGCCACCUUCUAAGAUGCAUUUUCAUAAAUGCAUUUUCAUUUCCCUAAUUCACAAGUAUGUCCCGUCUAGGCCCUUACGCUCUGCUGAAGACUUACGUCUAUCUUCUGUCCGUACUCCCACCUCUGAUGCUCGCCUUCAAGACUUCUCGAGGGCUGCACCGUUCCUGUGGAACUCACUUCCUUCCUUCGUUAGAUGCUCUCCCAGUCUCCACUCCUUCAAAAAAUUGUUAAAAACCCACUUCUUCAUAAAAGCGUAUCAAUUAAACUGUUAAUAGCUCCCAACUGAUUCCUCUCUUGCAACUGUCAUUAAUGUAAGCUCAUUGAGCAGGGCCCUCAACCCCUCUGUUCCUGUGUGUUCAACUUGUCUGGUUACAACUACAUGUCUGUUCGUCCACCCAUUGUAAAGCGCUGCGGAAUUUGAUGGCGCUAUAUAAAUAAUAACAUAAUAUAUAAAUAAUAACAUAAUAAUAAAUAGUGAUGCAAUUUUGCAUCAUCACUCCUCCCUGUUGACACCCCCUGUUGAUUUUUAUCUCCCCUUGUUGGGGUUUUUAUGUAUUAAUAUGAAUGGCACUGGCACACACUCCCUCCUUUUUCCUCACUCAGUGUGCAGGGUGGUUAUAACAAGAAGUCUCCUUUUUCGGUAGUCGGAGAAUGUAACAUCUGCCGUACUGUCUCGUUCCUCUAUUAUGGUGAGAGCACACAUCCCUAGUAACAGUCUCUAGUCGCUUAUCCUACAUGUAAGAGGAGAAUUAAUCUAUCCUAGAGGGCAGUCCUUGCCAUGAGAUGGGGCAAUUAUUAAAUGCAGUGAUACAAUACCCUGUGCAGCGAGGAGCAAACCUACAGACCCUAUUUCACACUAUAUAAUCGGGGUAUUUAGGUGGCAAGUCCCCUAUUGACUAUGAGGGUGCCCAGUAGCUUGCCUCUUUUCCCACCCACUACAUGCAGUAUGCAUGCUCUAUCAUAAUGAAUCGAAUUACAUUUAUUGUACCCAACCACUACUUCACCGGGCAGGGCUAGGCAUCCUUCAGCAUUCCAGAUGUUUUCGACAAAAUUUUCCCUGAUGCUUUGCUAGCAUUAUGGCUGUACGAAAAUCGUGGGAGAUGUAGUCCACAACAUCAGAAGUGUUGAAGGUUGUCUACCCCUGCAAGGAAAUGUCCACACCUGUGGGGGCUAGUCUACUAAGCAGUCUGGAGGAUGCCUAGAUCCCACAUCAAGGUGAAAAAAGUAGCAUGACCACUCAAUCUGAAUGAUUGAUCUUUACCAUGAGGUGACAGAGCCAUAAUAGUUCACAAGAAGUCCUGGGGGGAGUUUUGUUUUUUCUUUCUUAAAAAUGCGUUCUGGAAAUGCGUUAUUAAUUAUUCUCCCACUGUUAAUUAAUAGAUACAUGUUAAAUACCAGUAGGGCUAUUCACCAAAAUUCAAAUACACCUGUGCCAGAUUAUUAAAAAAUAAUCUGGAACCAGCCAAGGGUAUUCAAAGUGCAAACUUAUAAUGGAGCCUGGGACUUAGAACGAAUGUUCCAACCAAAUGGCUGAAUUCCGAAAACAAAUAAUUAAAAUCUCGACCAGAUUGUGAAAAUCCAGUACCGAAUUUUAAAAAUCGGACCUAUUUGUAAAUAGUUUUAAAAAGUUUUGUAAAUUUUUUUUUCAGAAUUAGGAGAGUUAAGUAUGUGGCAUCUGACGUGCUCUCGUUUACACAAUGAAAGGUUAAAAAAAUUACCUAAACAGCCCCUCAUGCAAUUUACUGAAGAAUGUUUUCCUUCUUUUACUCCACCCAACAUGCCGUGGGUGGGAGCAUAUCUUCCAAUGGGUAAACAGUGGGAUUAACACAAUGAGAAUAAGGGAUACCAGCCUUUGGUUGAUCCCCAUUAAGGUGAUAUACCCCAAUCUGGAGCAUAUAGGGUGGAGGUUAAUUUAGGAUAGAAUCCUCCUGAUAGUUGGUUGUGAAAUAAACGCAAACUCUAAUUGAAUUAAAAAUAAAAUAAAUUAAUAAAAUAAAAUAAAAUUUUGUAAUAUAAAAGAUAAAAUAAGGUUACAUACAGUUCUGAAUGUGGGCUUUUUUUGCCAUUUGUUAUAGUGCACAUCGUGAUUCGGCAACGAUCAAGGGAUACAUCCUCCCAAUAUUUCAAUUGGACAAAGAGGAACAGUUUAAUUUGUGUGGCCAGGGGCAGGUCUGUUAUGAGACAUUUUAGGUGACUUACUAAUAACAGUUUAUACCACGUAUAGACGUAGUUUAUGUACACACUCUGAUGUCUAAAAACAUUUAUUGUUGUUUAAAUACAUAUUACUGUGAAUAUUAUUGCAGUGGAGCUCUUUUAUACACUCGGAAAUAGCAAAAAAAAUUGAGCUCACGGAAUAGGGACUAUCCCUCCUACAUAGGGGCACUUGGGAGGUAUGGUAAAGAUGUUAUGUUCCUGGAACUCGGUAGAAGGAUGCUAUGGGAACUCUUUGCCUAUUUUGUAGGGGUAUAGUCAUGUGUCAUGCCUCUUUCCAGUUAUGGGGAUUCCUCAUAGUAUUCUUUUUUUCACAGAGGGACCAAUUGUUCCCAUGGAAAAUUGAUUAUUUCCAAGGUAACAGAAAACCUCAGGAAUUUGCAUGAUUUAGUUGCUUCUUCAUACAGUGUAUGUAAAUAAUUAUGGGACAUGUCCACUUUUACUUAGAUUGCUCAAGGAAGUUUUAUAUUUAUAGCACAAAGAUAUAUGAUCUUAGUUUAGUACCAUCUGUUUAUUUAAAAGUCAGCAAGUUCAAAUUGCAAGCUAACAGAUUUGUAUUGGGUCAAAAUAUAAAGAAUCUUUUCAAACACAACUGUUAUAGUACCUUCCUACAUUAUCAUUACCUGCGUUCUUUAAAAAAAUAUGGGAUUCUAGUAGGGAUAAAAACACAACAGACACGUUUCAUAACUUUAACAUACAUUUUUAUUUUGCAGGAAAAAAAAUAAAAAUAUAUAGCUAAUUUUAAAUGGCUCUUUAAUUAAAUCGAGUUAUCACUAAAAUAAAAUUUGUAUAUCAUUUGACUUUUAAAGUAGAGAAAAAUGUAUGUAAAAAAGUAUAUAUCUAUACUGACCAUUACGCCCACACGUUGUACACCUAUAUAUACUUUUGUUUCCAUGGAUACAAAACUUAGAGCCAUAGCACUUAUUAUAACUAAAUGGACUGAUGCAGCAAUGUAGAACUUCCAAAUGAUUAUGAUCCACGGAUUUCUAUCUAUUAUCGGGUCACAACCAUAAAAUAUGUUUACAAUAAUAUUUAUGUAUUAUAUAUAUAUAUAUGGUCUAUGGUAUUGUAACAUAGGUUUUAGAGCAAAAAACAGUACAAUCUUUUAUUUUUAAAAUAUUUUUUUUUACUAACUACCAAGUCAGGGGGAGUGCUGUCAAACUCAUUGUGAGUUAUUUAUUAAGGACAGCUCGGGAAUAAAAUACUUAAUGUCAGGCAAUCACCAUAGAAACCAAAUGAAUUUCCCUGCUGAUUGCUCCAUCAUUAGAAUGUUGCUCUUUAUACAUACCCUACCCCUAUUAUCUAAGAUAUGUUGAUUUAACUGCCUUAAAACUCAGAGAUAAGAGAGAUUUGCAAAACAGUUUUAUCAUUACAAUAUAAAAAAGAUACGCAUUGCUAAACACCAUAAAUUGAACUGACAAGUCUGACAUAUUUACACAAUAAAAAAUACAUUUUUUCCCCCUUAAAUGUAGGAAUGUAGAUCAUGCUUAAAUAUAUACUGGAUAACAAUCCUCUGUUAUAAUAGUGUCUAUUUAAAGUGUUACUAUGAACAUUAUAACAACAGCAGUGACUAUGAUGCAUGGGGUACCAUUUGCGCCACUUUCCAAUAAAAUAACCAUUUUGCCAUGAUUUUCCUCUUACAUGGGUCCAGGUGCUUCACCUCAUGCCAACUGAUGUGGCAUCUAACGUCUGCAGAGUUGCUGGAACCAGGUGCCAAUAUUGCAAUUAAUUCAUUUACUGGCUAAGAUCUUCGCUGAGAGCUUUCAGCCAGUGAAUGAUCCUCUUUGAAAAGAAUAGACGGAAUUGACAUUAGAAAUCUCGAAACUCUUGGCCAAUUAAGGAACAUAAAAUAUCAUCUAGGUAUCUGCAGCAUUUCACUGAAAAUACUGCAGGUUAUUCGGAUCCUCUGAAAAUACUUUGUAUUGGUCCACAAGAUUGAUAUAAUUGUUUCCACGAUGAACUACAAUCAGUAGGCUAUUUUGUUUGAAAAUAUGAAAUUCAUUAUUAAUUCACUUUGGAUUCCCAGCAACUCACACUUUAGUGAAUAAUCCUUUAUCUCUUUUCUGUCCUACAAAACAAAAUAAAUGCAGUGCAGUCCAUAUGGUUUUGGACAGUAACAGUAACAAAGUAGAGAAAGAGGAUACUACGAAAACAGUCAUAUUUAUUUGGAGGGUAUUAACCUUCCUAAACUGUGAUCUGUGAAGGAAUUAUAGGAAAGAUUGUAUCUCUUAAAAUAAAUGAUAAUUAAUAUCAGAGAUUAGUAUACCCAUAAUAGCAUGUCCAUCAUUCAUGCUCUUCCUGUGUCUCUUUCUACCAUCAUUUCUUUAUUUUAUGUUUUUUAGUAAUUUAGUUAAAUUAAUUUUAACUGUGAGCCAGUGGUACCAUAUGAUAAAGUCUUAGUACAACACAUAAUUAAUAUUGGCAGUUAAGUGAUUUAAAUCUGUUUCAUAUAGUGUUUUCUUUUUAUUCCAGGUGAAUGUAUUUGUGUCCUUCCUACUUCCAGUGGCAGUCAUUGCCCUCUUGAAUUGUGUGACAGUUGGUCAACUCGAGUCACUGAGGUCCCGCUCAUGUCUGUCGUUGCAUUCCUCUUGCAUAGUCCCUCGGAAUUCUCAGAAAGCUUGCGAGACCCAAAAUAUUGCUUCAAAUUCCACCAGACUGAAAAAGGACUCCAUCAGUGGGACAACCUGGAAGAAUAAUCUCACAGUCUCCAGUGAACCCAACCGCAUACAGUCUCUUCAACACAGCAUUUACAUGCUCAGUUAAGAAAACCCUUCCUUUCUCUUGUUGAUAUAAGAAUGUUUAAGGGAAUGGUAGCAUAUUGGUGGUCAGGUACAACCAAAUGGCCAGUAUUGUGGCAAGUUAACAUACAUUCACAACCUUAAUACUUUCUAGCCAAACCCACCAAGACCUCAUCUCCCACAGAAAGCUUCCUUUAUAUCCUCAUUUACAUAUAUAUAUAUAUAUAUAUUUAUUUUGCCCAGUCACGCAGAUAUACACAUUACACACACACACACACACACAUAUAUUAAUCAACUUCAAAUGCCCCAGAUCAAGGGGUCAGGGGACUUGGAGACAGUGACAGGUAUGUGCAUUUGAUAAGAUCUGUCUUUGGAGGUAGUUAGAUAGUGACAUGCCUGCCCACCUAUCCCACCUAUUUAUCAUCCCUUUCACAAUUAUAAUGUGAUGCAAUGGAGCUGGUCUGUGAAACCAGAGAAGCGACAGUAUUCACAAUUCCUAGAAAGAGGGAGAUAUGUAAGGUAUGUAGAGCAUGGGUUGCCCAUUUUAUAUGUCUAAAGCCACAAGCUGCAGGUAUCAUCCAGAUGACUAGCACUUGCGGUACAAUUUACUGGAGCUAGGCUUCCACAAUGUCCCUUCCAGUGCUACUUAGGUCCAAACCAAAGGACACAUCUGGAUGUCUAUAAGGCUCGGUAUUUAAUAUCACAUUUUACCAAAUGUCUCCCUCAAUUUCUCAUGUUUUGUUUAAAAUAAAAUGAUUAUACAAUUAAAUAAUAUAAUGAUUAUUUUCAAAAAGGAAUUAUUUCAAAAAUUUCAAAUCUAUAUAUAGCAGAAAUGUCUCGUCUUAGGCCUUCACGAUGGACCACAACUUCCCUAAUUCUCUGUUUGGCUUGCAGAGGAUCUUGGUAGAUGUUGUCUAACAGCCCCUAAGGAGUGAGUAAAUCACUAGUCUGCAAUAACUAUUAUUAAUGUUGACUCUAUCUCUGCCAGGUAAAGAAUUUCACUUAACAAGAGAAUCUGGUUUCCAUGGAAAGGUUUUUCGACUUAAUCUUAUAUACGACCUGGCCACCUUGUUUCUAGAAAUGUAAUUUGUGCGGUACAAACAAGAUUUAGGGGGAUCACAGUGACGAUGUCCAGUGACAGUCCACAUCAUUACACUUUCAUAUAAAAGGGAUUUGUCUUUCUCCGGAUGACAUUUGCUCACCUAGAGCGUGCAGGGAUGAAACCUAUGAGAUAAAUAUAGCCCCAGCUGUUGUAUUUCUGUAACUAAGAUGAAAUGAGAUGAUGAAUUUAUGAUGGUCAUAUUUAUGACCAAUGUAUAACACAUGCUCUAAUUCUCCAACUAUAUUUGAAUCCCGAUUAUUUCAAUGUAUUAUCAGUUGUAUUAGCAGAUUAAGACACAUAUCAGGUUUCAAUAACUAAACACACUUACAUGGAUACUGAGUGCCACCUAGCCCUUUUUCUAAAUUAACGUUUUCUUAUUCAGAAUGUUAGCAAAAUCCCAGAUUUCAUGUGAUAACCUGCUCAUAUAUCAUGUCUGUUGUAAAAAACAAUCUAAUGCUCCAUUAGAACUUUAUCCAUUUUCAGUUUGUUCUCCAUUGUGAUGGGCAUCUAGCAGGUAAUUACUUUUUGUCUUUCUAUAAACAGGAAUAAAUGGAAUGUGCACAGAGCCAGUAUAUGAUUUCCCAGGGCCCUAGGCAGGAUUCCGCUCCUAGAGCCAUGGACUCUUUCUAUUAGUGUUAAUUGUGUGGUGGGAGAGACUGAUUGCUGUGUUCAUGUGGAGGUGGAGAGCUGUAUAGGGGGAAGCUGAGUGUGCUGGCUGAGUGUUGUGUGUGAACAGGGCCGGAUUUUUCCCUAGGCAAAAAAAAUUGCCACCCCCCAUAUGCUCUGCCCACCAUGUGACAUCACAAUGCCCCACCUAUAUGAUCUGCCAUAUGAACUAACGCCAACGUGGCAGAAUGAAGGCAGGUGAGUGUGGUACGGUUGGAGGGGAUGAAAGUGACAGGAUUAGGAAGGGUUAAUGUGAGUGUGGCUGGGAUAAGAGGGCUGUCAAUGUGUGGGGGUUGACAGUGUGGGGGAGUGACAGUGUGUGUUGGGGUGACAGCUUGUGGGGGGUCAGUGUGUAGGGAACGUGUAUGAGGGGCUGAGAAUGUAGAGGGGCUGACAGUGUGUGUGUGACCAGCCUCCAAACACUGAAAUACUAUUUUUACCCUGCUGGUCCAGUGGUCUCACUCCUUGUUGGUCUGAUGGCCUUGGGAUCCAGUCUGUAACUCUACCGUGUGCAAACUAACCAUGUGGUAGAGUUCCGGUAUUUGAAGUGCGUCAAAGCGUUACCAUGGUAAUCCACGGCAACUCUUUGAUUGGCCAAGUUUUGCAAGACCUCUACUACAAGGUCUGAAACUCUGCACCCAUCAGAGCUGCAGACUCACCCGGUGGCAUACAGUGCAAGCCGCAGGGCUCCUUCCCGCUGUCGGACCCUUGGUCACAGACUGAGGGCCCGACGGGUUAUUCUUCCCUAAGGUGAGUUAGGUGGUCGCAAGGCCUCAGUCAGUGCAAUUUACUAUAGUACUCGGUGCCCAGUGUGUUUUUUUUAUUACCAUUCAGACACACAACGGUCACUUCUAGCCACACCAUGUGCUAUCAGUAACUGAUUUGAGAUGACCUAACUCCAAGAGAAAAUCUACUGUAUGUGACUUGGACUGUACAGCAGGUUAAAACCAGCAACAAUCCUGUUACAUUCAGUUUUCAUACUUAAUUGAUGCAUCAGUCAGUAGUGCCUUGUUGAUAAUUCACUGGUAUCUCCAUCCCUUUAACAGAGAUUGAUUUAAAAUAUCUGUGCAGACAACAUUGUUGGAAGAUCUAUCUAGAAAGAGAAUUUUGCCAUCCUUAAUGUAUUUCCUCGAAAAAAUAAUUAGAAGAAACAGAAGGGCUUAAUGGUUUGAUUGAAAUGAUGAAGGUAACUUGUAAGAUUGAGAAAUGUAUUUAAUUAGCAAUUAUCCCUCACUUUUUUCCCUGAAAAAAAACUGUUGGACGAUACACAAGGCUCUUUUUCCUUCUGUCCUCCACUGUUGCUAUGUCCCUGGGGCUGACAUUUUUCCAGAAUGUGAGCUCUCUAUGCUCCUUAUUAUUAUAAUUUUUUAUAUUAUUACUGACAUUUAUAAGGUGCUAACAUAUUCCACCGCGCUGCACAGUUAGGGAAAAAUACAGUACAAUAUAAAAAGGCCAGUACGAAAAGUAGAGAGGGCCCCUCAAGCGGAUAUCUAGCUAUCAGAGCUAUUUUAUACAGAGUACUUUGCUAGGUAGUCUGUGAGCUUACACUCUAGUGGUUAAAUACGGAGUUGAGACAAAAGCGUAGCAGGGGGAAUUUGGAGGUGAUGUCAGAAAGAAUUAAAAGGCUAAUUGCAGCCACUGCUAACAUGUAAAGGGAAUAAGAAGACAAUUGAGUGAAUGGUUAAUGAAUGACCGUUGAACACACAAGUCAAGAGACAAAUGACUGCAUCAGUACCUUAUUUCCCUAUUAACUGAAUUCCAGCUGAACAGUCGUUCUUUGGCUAAAUUGGCUAAAUUGUGCAUUUCACUGGAUCUCUAACUCAUAGGGUUGAGAAAGAUGUCUUUUUUGCUCUGAAUUUUCAGAGACUCAGCAUUUUCUGCUUAGGCGCAGUUGAUGCUUGUCCUAGGGUGUUUUGUUCUGUUUGGGAAGCAGCCACAAGCCUCUUGCCCAGUACAUGGAUACAUUACAGACUUGUAAGUGAUGGAAAACUGUAAUUCAACCAAAUCACUUCUGCUGAAAAUUAAAAAAAAUUAAAAAAAACUGUUACUGACAAAUUUUGGCCAUGUGGCAGUUCGGCAUCACCGAAUUUUAACGUGAAAAAUUUGGGAAAAUGAAUUAGACGAAACAAAGAAUUGAAAAUGGGCAAAUCAGUGUACUGCAAAAUAUAUAAUGAUAUUCCUACCACUUGGUUCAAGUGAGAAAAGGUAACCAGUAGAGGGAAUAAGAGCAGUAAAAAACAUAAAUCUAUAUUCAUAUAUUUAUUACAAACAUAGAUCUGUUUUUCUAAUACUCCUCCUUUUUUUUUCUCUCUGCUGGGCACCUCUCACUAGAUCUGUAAAUAAAAUCAACAUUUAGUGCAUGUCCCCUAGCCAUUUAAAAUCUUUUUGCCCGUCAUUCAUCUCUUUUUUUAGCGUCACAGGCAAAAUUCGGGAUCACGAAUGAAAACGAGAAUACUUGUACAUUGUUUUGUAUUUUAUGUACGUUUUAUUAACCAUUUUUUUUAUUGUAAAUUUUGAUUGAUUCCAUUAUAAAUAUAUUUUGUUAAUUUUUCACAAAUUGUCCAAUGGAUUUAUAUUAUAUUUUUUUUAUUAUAAUUGUCUUUCCAUCUCUGAGCUGUUUUUUUAACAUACUUGGAAGGUUUCAUGAUCUAUCUGGAAACAGAAAUUAGAAAUUUUCUUUGUCGUCCUUAAUGCAUUUCCUGGAAAAAUAACUAGCAACAGAAGCAUUUAACAGAUUCAUUCAAAUGCUAAUUUACCAUCUCAAUGAAAGCUGGAGAAUUGAGAAACUGCCUUCUUUAAUGGCUACAUAAAUGCCUAGAUACUUAAUGCUUGAAUAACACAGGAAAACAGCGAAGACUUGCAGCUCGCUAGUUGUUGAUAAAUACCAAUUACUGUGAUCUUCACACAAUCUGGAUAUCAGAGUUUCUGGUCCAUAGGAUGUAUUUCAUGAAGCCACUAUGAUAAUAUACCCCAGAGGUUUGUAGCAGAGGAUUUUGGGUUAGUUAAUUCAGCAUUCCGUUUCAAACAUGAAAGGCAAUAUAUAUAAUUUUAUUUUUGUACUAUUCUUCAGGUUUCUUGCUUUGUGCAGAGAGAAUCAAGUAUGGGAACUUAGAACGGAUGCAGGGGAACAAACUAGUGGCCUGUCAGACUAUAAAAAAGCUAGCAGAAAGCAGACUUUGCACAUUGUGCAAAUGCUCUUGCUGCUUUCGUCUCUCUGCAGUGUGGCGUACAUCCACCUUUCUCACUGUCCCAGACUGACUGCUGAUAGGACGAGGAGUGGGCAAGUGAAUGAUAUGGGACACCAGGGAACUGUACCCAAAAGUGAAGCGCUAGUCCUUCAUUAGCUGUGUUUCCACCAAGCUCAGGUUGCUGAAACAGCGCUGUCUGCAUAAUAUACCCUUAGUUGACUGGGCCGCGUGGUUGGAGUCCAGCCUGGUGUGUAUUUACGCACUAUCCCUCUAAAUCUUCAGGCAGACCAGGCGGGCCUCCCCUUUGUGUGGUGCAAGUGAUGUAAUUUGCAUCUCUGGUCCACCUCCUUUUAUCCUGCACACCAGCGAGACGAAACUGGUGUUGCCUGAUACACAUUUGGUUGAUAGAAAGUGAGAGGUUAGCAUUGCGUGUAUGUAUUCUCAUAAAUGCAUCCUGUGAGUUUCCCUCCAACACCACUUCAACCAGAUACAGGACACUUGGGUGAUAUAACUGUUUCACUAUUUUCUGAAGGCAAGAUUCUGUAAUUAGGCCCUGACUCUAUUCAUUCACUUUCUGAAUGACUUUCUGUGGCUGUCCAAUCACAGACUUCCCAAUGCAGCUCAAUCAGAAUUCUUUGCAAGGCAGGUGCUCAGAGCAAUUGCUGCCUCUUGACUUUAGUUCCACUGAGCUAACCAAGCCAGGAAGUAACAGGACCAGUUGUCUGCUUAAAAGCCAGGAGGUGCAACCAGGAUAAUUGAUAAAAGUGGCAAUUUCUAUAUAAAUCUGCACUUUUUGCUAAAUUAAUAAAAGGGGACCUACUCUUUAGAUAUAAGGCAUUUCAGCAAGCUAAAGUGCUUUAGGGGUCUGGAGGUCUCUUUAAAUUUAAAAUUCACAUUGAAUUCACCUUGAAUUCUCACUAUAGUGAAUUACCCUGUUAGUUUACACAGUACAAUAUUUUAUGACGAAUGCUCACAGUAAUUUCAAUGCACGGCGUUAGAUAUCAUAAAUGAGGUUCAUUCAGCAAUAACUUACUGGUUGUUAACAGAGAACCAGUAAAUUUUAUAGCACUAAAAAUGGUACAUGAAUUUUAUAGACUCAUUUACAUACUGGAUGGGGAAUAAAUGUUUAGGAUAAUUUAUUUUUAACACAACACCGUCAUAUUCCCUAGAGCUUUACAAUAAAUGUAAAUUAAAAAUAUAGAUUUAUAUGCACAUAGCAGUGAAUUGUGCAUUAUAAGAAUAUAAUACCAUUAGGAGGUUGUGGGGGCAUCACGAUAAAAUCCAUAUUUUUAUAAAAUUCUGUUACAGUGAUUGUGCUACUGUGAAUACAACAAACAGGGAUAAACACACGGAUGCACAUACACACAAACAUAUAAAGACAGACAGGUUUAUGCACAAAACUUUGAACGGCCCUGCACUUAAUAGCCUUCCAGUGGUAUAUGGGGCCAUUUUCAUUGCAAAAUCUAGACGUUGUUCACGUUAUUUAACAAUGUACAAAUUUUGCAGUGUAGACGUUGGAAGAGCCUCAAUAUGGUGCAUGAUUCAGCUGGACCGAGCACUGCCAGACUGCUGAGAUUUGGACCUGGACUGUUCAGAUCUGGUACCAGAUAAUUCAGAUCCAGACUCACAUUCCAAAAUUUCAAACUAUUAGCUCACUGGCAGCGCAAGCAAUAAAUACAGCUCCUAAAAUUAGAUCCAUAUUUGCCCACGACGGUUCAGCACCGUAUGAGCUUCUUGAUGGCAAAAGCUUUUUAUGAAGGCGCUCUCAUGCUUUAUUCUUUGUUUCCUUGUAUUUCACAUUUUUGCUAUCUAGACAAAAUGUAUUUAGUGAAUUAUCCUUAGAGUCUUACAGACACAUGCACCAACUCACUUAUAGUUACUUCCUUCUUAGAGCAGUACUGGGACGUUAAUGCCCUGGGCUGCCUGAGAUUGAUCAGAGUCCCAAUUCUGGAAGGCAGCCACAAGCCCCUUGUCCAGUAUAUAGAUAAUAGGAGUAGAACAGUAUCCAUUUAUGGCCGCUACAAUCUAUAUGCACUCAGUCAUCUAAAGCUGAUUCCACAAACCAUGACAGUGACUUCCCUGUACUCAAAGUCACACAGUCAGCAGAUCCCAGUCCAACAGAGAACCUUUUGUAUAUGAUGGAACAGGAAAUUUACAGAGUGAAUGUGCAGCAAAGAAAUCUGCAGCGACGGCAUAACGCUAUGCCACCAUGUCUGAGAAAUCUGCAGCGACGGCAUAACGCUAUGCCACCAUGUCUGAGAAAUCUGCAGCGACGGCAUAACGCUAUGCCACCAUGUCUGAUAAAUCUGCAGCGACAGCAUAACGCUAUGCCACCAUGUCUGAGAAAUCUGCAGCGACGGCAUAAUGCUAUGCCACCAUGUCAGUGGUGUAUUUAGGAUUUGGGCUGCCCUAGGCAGGACGGUGCUUGGGCACCCCCCCUUCCUGUCAGACGCUCACUCACUGACAGACGCAUACACUCAUUGACAGACACACACUCUCAUAUACACUGACAAACAAUGACAUACACACACUCUUACUUGAACACACUCUGACAGACACACACACACAUACACACUGACAGACACACACACACACACAUACACACUGACAGCCAUGCAUACACAAUCACUCACAUACACACUGACAGCCAGACACAUACAAUCACUCACACACUGACAGCCAGACACACACAAUCACUCACACACUGACAGACAUACAUACACAAUCACUCACAUACACACUGACAGACAUACAUACACACACUGACAGCCAGACACACACAAUCACUCAGACAUACACACUGACAGCCAUACAUACACAAUCACUCACAUACACACUGACAGACAUACAUACACAAUCACUCACAUACACACUGACAGCCAGACACACACAAUCACUCACAUACACACUGACAGCCAGACACACACAAUCGCUCACAUACACACUGACAGACAUACAUACACAAUCACUCACAUACACACUGACAGACAUACAUACACAAUCACUCACAUACACACUGACAGCCAGACACACACAAGCACUCACAUACACACUGACAGCCAGACACACACAAUUGCUCACAUACACACUGACAGACAUACAUACACAAUCACUCACAUAUACACUGACAGACAUACAUACACAAUCACUCACAUACACACUGACAGACAUACAUACACAAUCACUCAGACAUACAUACAUUGACAGCCCCCCUCCCCAAACAUUAACAGAUUACUUUUAUUAUUAUUUUUUUUACUUUAAAUCCACCAAGCCUCCCUACCUUUGGGAGUGCUGGGUGGAUUUUAUUUUUACCUGGGGUCCAGUGGGGCUUUUCACAGGAAGGGAGGCAGGCGGUUGUCCAGCUAAAAAUCCAGGCGGGCGGCGCUGGCGAGGGAGCACUGAUUAGCGAGCUCUCUGCUCAUCUCCCUCACGCGCCACAGAAUGAUGCCGGGAGCCGGAAUAUGACGUCAUAUUCCGGCUCCCAGCAUCACUCUGCGGCGCGCAAGGGAGCUGAGCAGAGAGCUCAGGGGAAAGUGCUCCCUCGCCAGUGCCGCCCGCCCGGAUUUUUAGCCGGACAACCACCUGCCUGGACUGUUAGCUGCCAGGCUAACAAGGCAUUUGCCCAGGCAUUUGGGGCGGCGUUUUUUGCACCCCAUGGAAAAUGCCACCCAGGGCAAAUGCCUUGUUUGCCUCGCAGCUAAUACGUCCCUGCACCAUGUCUGAGAAAUCUGCAGCAAAUGCGUAACACCACGCUAUCAUGUCAUCACGGAUCAGAAUCUCUGUUGAAUGUUUCCAGCAUUUUGUUGAAUUAAUUCCUUGAAUAAUUCUUGCUAUUCUAAAGCAAAUGGGGAUAUUAUCUGAUAUUAAAAUGAUCUACUAAAUAAAGUUGCUACUGAGUGAGCCACGGCUGUCUUUAACGAGGGGCGAAAGGGUCAGCUGUUCCUGGGGGGCCCAAGGUAGCUGCAUCUUGAGCCCCGCGGCCGCUGGCCACAACAUUUUGCAAAAUAUUUUGCUUCCCGAUCCGAUCCUUCACAAUGCAAGCGGCAUCACAACAUAGUGUAGUACGGACUUGCUGCUCCUCCUGACCUCCCCUGCCCUGUAAUGUACAUGCACCCUGUGACGUCACGCUGAGGCGGUGUCACGGCAACACUAGGGUGGGAUCACUAAGGGGUUAAUUUAUGUACACAGGAAUAUGCAAGGGACACUUCAGAGAAAAAGCAGUGUUUACAUUACUGCCUAGGAAUAACUCUAGUGGCCAUUCAUCAGAUGGCCAUUAGAGGUGCUUCCUAGUCCAGUGUUUGGGAUCAAGGACUGAACCUUGGAGGUCACCAAAAGAGAGGAGUUGGGGAGAAGAAGCAGAGCCAGAGAAAGAAACACUGAAAGAGCACUGGGAGAUGUAGGAGGAGCACCAGGAGAGAGCAAUAUGUUGUAGACCGAUAUUGCGGAGGAUGAGAAGAAGCUGUUGACGAUCAACAGUGUCAAAAGCUGCAGACAGGUCAAUGAGAAUUAGGAUAGAGUAGUGACCACGAGAUUUUGCAGCGAGUAGAUCAUUGGAUACUUUGGUCAGUGCCGUUGCCAUAGGGUGCUUAGCACGGAAACCAGACUGAAGCGGGUCUAGCAGAGAGUUAAACUCAAGGAAGUCUGUCAAUCUCGCAUACACAAGUCUUUCAAGGAUCUUGGAUGCAAAAGGCAGUAGCGAGACAGGACGGUAGUUGGAUGGGGAGUUAUGGUCAAGGUUGGGCUUCUUUAGAAUUGGGGUUGUAGUUGCAUGUUUGAAGGGCGAUGGAAAUAUGCCAGAGGAAGGAGAAAGAUUGAGCAUUUUAGUGAGAGGUAGAGAAAGAGAAGAAGACAGAGUACGGAUAAGAUGUGAGGGAAUUGGGUCUAGGGAGCAGGUGGUGGGGCGGGAGGACUGGAGCAGAGCAGAAACCUCUUCCGCUGUAGCGGAAGUAUUGUAAGGGAAAGAAGAAAGAUGAGAGAUCUCUUCCCCAAUUGUAGUGAGUUGUAUUGCUGUGGAGCUGUGCGAUACACAGAUAAGCUGCACAUUACUGUGUGUUGUAUUGCUGUGGAGCUAUGCGAUACACUGAUAUGCCAUACAUUACUGUGAGUUGUAUUGCUGUGGAACCUUGCGAUACACUGAUAAGCUGUAUGUUACUGUGUGUUGUAUUGCUGUGGAGCCAUACAAUAAACUGAUAUUGUAACAGUUUAACAGGAGUUGGAGCCCAGUUGCAGGAGAUGGCACAAGGAGAAGGCAAAAACCAAAAACACAGUACAGAUAAAGGGGUAAUUCAAAGGCAGGGUCAGAUGAGAAGCAGAAAUCAGGGCUGGCAGCAGAGUAUUGUAGUCAGUAAGGCAGGCCGAGGCCAGAGGCCCGAGUCCAGGAAAUCAGUCAGCAGAGUAACAAAGCUCUGGCAGGAAACACCAAACAAACAAAAUGACCAGAUAUUAGGCCUCAGGCAGAGCUGGCUUUUACAGCCUGCUGAUUAGGAGCAGCUGAACAUACUUGGGGCUGCAGGUGGAUCAGCACUGCUCCAUCCAGGCAAGGAGUCAGGAAGCAGAAUAAUGCAGACAGAUACCAGAGCCACUUGGUGGACAGCAUGGUAGAGAACCAGACUGGGAUUCGGAAGCUGUGAGUUCAAAACCAGGCAGCUCUCUUAAUGCUAGAGCUGUGAGUUCUAAAGCCAGGCAGGUCUCUUAAAGGGCUGGCCAUGCCUUGCUGUCUGCAGGGUGUACUGUGACAGAUAAUGCUGCACAUUACUGUAAGUUGUACUGCUGUGGAGCAAUGCAUUACACUGAUAAGCUGUACAUUACUGUGGAGCUAUGUUUACAUUAUUAAAUUUUACUGGUGCACAAGGUGUGUGCAAUUUUUUGUGUGUGUUGGGGUGGAGGGUGUGAUUGCAUGAUAGGGAGCGGAAGGGCGGGAUCGAGGGGGCCCAAGUAAAUUCUUGCCCAGGGUCCAAUCAAUAUUAAAGACGACACUGGAGUGAGCAUACCUUAAUAUACCAAUAGAUAAAUCUCUAAAAAGGGUAUUGAGCACAGCAUCUGCAUGCCUCUUAAUGACCAAUUAAUCCAAUCUUCAAGCUCUCUUCCUCUCUGAACAUAAAUCUUGAGGGUUUUCCGACUAUUAUAUAUGCACACAGCUGUAAUUAAGAGUCACAGAGCAUGAAAUGAAAAAGCUGUUAGGCUUCUCUUUUUUACCACCUUUAAAUUUUGCUAAUAUAUGUAUUGCAUUACUGCUGCACUGUAACUUUAAUCAAUCUAAGGAUAAAAAGGAUAUGCAAACAAAAAGUAUAACUUGAAAAAAGGGAGAUGUACUAAAUUGCACCUAAGUUCCAGUUAACUUAGUGUCCAACUGACAGGAAGGUAGUGUAAACGAGGUUAGGGAGAGAGAAAAGGCACAGGGUCCACAGAGAACAAGGGACCAGAUAAUCUUGUCUAAACGCAGAUGAAAAGCCUCAAAGAAAAAAGAAUAUCUCAAUUCAUGAUGCCACCAAACGUGCAGAGGUCCUAUGGUGGAACUACCAGUAGAAGCAUGUAUUCGAUAAAUAUACACUGAACACCCUAACACUGAAAAUAAAUGUAUUGAUUUUUAAUAUUAGAGAGUUCCUCAAUCCGUUUUGAUACAGGACUACCUCCUUGUAUAACAAACAACUGCCACUAGGUAAUCCAGCGCCUCCCAACAGCUUCUCCUCCUCUACUGAAAUUAGCAUCAUGGAUAAUCUCGGGUUGAAAUAAAUGCUUUUAUAGAGAAGGAUUGGUGACCUAAGGCACAUGCUGGGCACCUACCACUCUGCACCUGUCGGAUGACUCUUUAUGAGUAUUCAUGGUGACAUAUUUUACUUUGUCAGAAAAAAUGGAUAGGAUCUUGGCAUCAAAACCAGAGUGUCCCUUUAAACAUCAGAAAAGCAUUCUGGUCUUCCUCAAAUUGGUAGUGGAUAAUUCACAUAAAUGAAAAGAACAUUUAUUCCAUAUAUUAAUUAUAGUAAUUUCCUUUUUUAUAUGUUAUUACUUUUUUUUUUCUCCUAGAUGACUCAUUGUGUUUGAACACACAUUCUCAGAUUAACCAGAUUAGCAGCUAAUAAAUGUUCUAUAAAUACACUGGUUUUUUGUUUUUUGCUGUUUUGAAUUGAAGGUGUAAGAAUACCAGGAAGCAAUACUGUAAAUCACUGAAGUACACACAAAUGUAUUAUCAGAUAUUGGACACAAACAAAAAGGGAGAUGCAAUGCACUCGGUGCUGUAAAAAAAAGAGUAAGAAAUGAAAACAGACACAAUUAUUCAUUAUAUUGUGGAUUAUUGUGAAUCAACCAUGGAAUUAAAUUUUGGGGUGCAAAAUUUGCCAAACUAGCUCAGUUAUUUUGACCUUUAAACUGUGAGUUCCUUGGUGAAUUCCAGUCAAUGAAUGAUUUAGUAAAAAAACACACUGACGAUAAUAGUGCAGCAAAAAGUGCAAAACAAAUCGAAGUAGAUUGCUUGUGUGUAUUUAGAGAAUAAAUAUAUGUAAUAAUUUUGGAAAGUGUGUGCAGUUAUAAAAAAAUGCUUCUCAUCAGCAAUAAAAAAAACAAGAUAAAAAGAUAAUGUUUCAAAAUCUCACAUGGUAACAUUAGGAUAUAUCAUUGAAUGAGAUCUCAAACUGUAGGUAGCUGGAACCUGGCUGUGCAAUAACCUAUAAGGGUUUAUUCACUAGACAGGCUUCAAUUCACCAAAAUUCACUGAGUUUUAAAAUGAAAUGAAUACUCCAAGUACCAUAACCACUACAGCAUGGUGCAGGCACAGCCAAGGCACACAAUGCAAAUGAUGAAGAUUAAUGGAAACAUAUAAUUUCUCCUCUUCUCCAUGUGCUUUGUUUACGAUAAUUGCCAGGUUCAAAGACCAGAGCUCAUAGCAAUGAUUGACAGGGAGCUAAGAUGGAAGCACCGAGUUUCAGUAUGAAAAGGUUUAAUUCGUUCAAACAGAGCCUGUUAUGCCUUUUCCAAAUUUAGCUAAAUCGCCUCUAAAUACAUUGAACACAUCACACAAUAUAGAGAUGCAUGAUGUAUUCACUGUAAAAUAUUGCCAUUUACUCACCCUACCUCCGUUCUACAAUCACCAUGUUGCGAGCUUUGUGGGUGGAAUCUUCUUGUAACAUCCACUUUAGACCCCCUUGAUCCUUUGGCUGUGUUCUUUGAAUUGCCAUUCUAGGGGGACGCUUUCCCAAAAAAACCUCCUCUUUGACAUCGAUAUGGCUUCCUUGUCAGCAUUCUGAAUGGAGUGAUGUUAGUCUGUUCCUUGUCAGCGCUAGCACAGCCGGUUAGGCCUUUCUAUGCCUAUGGGAGGUUUUUUCUGCUCUGCCUUGUCAGUCAGUUCUUUGACAGAGUCAUAGAGGUUUUUCUCUUUGCAAAUCUGCUAGCACAAUGCUUAUGUGGAAUUUUAUGCUCUUUCAAAGGAGUAUAAAUUGUAGUGAGGAUAGAAACAUAGAAUGUGACGGCAGAUAAGAACCAUUCGGCCCAUCUAGUCUGCCCAAUUUUCUAAAUACUUUCAUUAGUCCCUAGCCUUAUCUUAUAGUUAGGAUAGCCUUAUGCCUACCCCACGCAUGCUUAAAUUCCUUUACUGUGUUAAGGGCCGGCCUUAGGCCUUUAGGCGCCCUGUCCGAAAAAUCUUCACAGCGCCUCACCCCUCACCCCCGUCAUCCAUGUAUGAUGUAAUGUUUGUGUUGUCUGUGUAUGUGAUAGGUGUGAUGACUGUGUGUGAUAUGUAUGCUAUGUCUUGGCUGUGUGUGAUAUUUGUAAUGGGUGUAUUAACAGUGUGUGAUAUGCGUGUAUUGGUUGUAUGUGAUAUUUGUGCUGGGGUUAUUGGCUGUGUGUGAUGGUUAUUUAAUUUAAAUAAAAACACGUGUGUGAAAGCAGGUGUAUAUUUUUGCAGAGAUAUGUGCACACAGUCCCACAAUCAGAUGCACACAGUUAUACAUAUACACUGUCAAAUCCACCACAUGCACAUAGUCGCAGGCAGAUAGUCACAUACACAGGAUCAGGCAGAAACACACAGGUACAGGCAGCAACACACAUACACAGUUACAGGUAGAUAAACACACUCACACACAAUUACAGGCAGAUAGCCACACGCACACAUAGGACACAUAUACAGUUUUACACACACACAGCCACACAUACAGUCUUACACACCCAUACUUACAUGCAGACAGUCACACACACACACACACGCAGACAGCCACACACACGUAGACAGCCACACACACAAAGGCAGACAGCCACACACAUACACAUAGUCAAAUGGCCAUACACACACAGGAAGACAUCCACACACAUAGAGGCAGACAGCCAACACACAGGCAGACAGCCAAACAAACAAACACACACAGUCAGUCACACACACACACACACAGACAGACAGUCACACACACACACACAGACAGACAGUCACACACUCACACACACAGGCAGACAGUCACACACACAAACACACAGGUAGACAGACAAUCACACACAUACACACACACAGACAGACAGUCACACACACACAGGCAGUCAUACACACACACAGACACACAGACAGACAGUCACACACACAGACACACACACACAGGCAGACAUACACACACAAACACAAAGGCAGACAGUCACACACACACAGGCAGUCAUACACACACACACAGACACACAGGCAGACAGUCACACACAGACAGUCAUACAGACACACACAAACAUACACACAGGCAAACAGUCACACACACAGGCAGACAGUCACACUCACACUGACAAUCACACAUAGUUACCUCUGUUCAUUGUGGAGGCAGUGCAGCUCUGUUUAUUGCUGUAGCAGUUAUCCGGCACUUUAAGCUCCACCCUGUCGCACGCUAAGCUCCGCCCUGCCACAAUGUAAGCCCUGCCACAAUGUAAGCUCCGCCCCCGCCUCAAAUUGUAUUUAAUUUUUAUCCCGGCCGGCCAUGUGUGAGCUGUGUCGGCCAUGGCGCCCUGUGUGGCCCACAGCUCGCACACCCCUAAGGCCGGCCCUGACUGUGUUAACCUGUACCACUUAAGCUGGAAGGCUAUUCCAUGCAUCCACUACUCUCUCUAUAAAGUAAAACUUCCUGAUAUUAUUUUUAAAUCUUUGCCCCUCUAGUUUAACCCCUUCAGGACGGAGUCAAUAGUACACGUUCUGAUCAAAACAAAAUGUAAACAAAACCUGGAAUUUGCGCUAUAUGUCUGUUCACCCGUAGUUCACCACUUUCAUUAAGUGCACCCACACUUAUUAUAUACCUUUUUGUUCAGGAGAAACAGGGCUUUAACUUUUCAUGAACUAUUCAUAUAUGAAACAUAACUUAUUAUGAAUAAAAUAAAAAAAACUGUGUGAAAUUAAGAUUUCUUAAAAAAAUUGUAGUACUGCCUGACAUUUUAGCUGUAAAUGUCAUGAUACUGUUUGCUUUUACUGCAAUAAAAUGCACAUAUUUGUAUUCAGCAAUGUCUCACAAGUAAAACAGUACCCCCCAUUAACAGCUUUUACGGUGUUUUGGGAAGUUAAAGGGUCAAAUAUAGCACAUUCCAUUUUUCAUUUUUUUCACAUUAAAAUUCGCCAGGUUGUUUAUGUUUCCUUUGAGACCGUGUGGUAGCCCAGGAAUGAGAAUUACCCCCAUAAUGGCAUACCAUUUGAAAAAGUGGGGUAUGUUUAGUCUUUUUUAGUAGCCACUUAGUCACAAACACUGGCCAAAGUUAGCGUUCAUAUUUUUGUUUGUGUGAAAAAAGCAAAAAACUAAUAUUUGGCCAGUGUUUGUGACUACUAAAAAUGACUGGACAUCAGUCGAAGUCUCCCAAGUAAAACAGUACCCCCCAUGUACAGGUUUUAUGGUGUCUUGGAAAGUUACAGGGUUAAAUAGAGUGUUUGCGAAUUAAAUUAUCUGCACUUUCUGCCUGGGUUGUCAGGCAUGUCAAUCAAAUUUUAAUUAAUAAAAUCAUAUAAUUAUGCUAAAAGAUUACUUAAAUAUACACAUAGAAUUUUAAUAUACAUACAUAUAUAUGUAUUUAAAUUCUACGUGUAUACUUAUGUAAUCAUUUAUGUAAUUAUAUAUAUUUAUCUAUAUAAAUAUAUUUGCAGUUAUUUGUAUUUUAUUUAUAGAUAGAUAUAUAUAUAUAUACAUAUGUAAUUUCAUUCUAACUGUAUUUUGUUAUUAAUAUAUAUAUAUUAUAUAUAUAUAAUAUAUUAAUAACAAAAUACAGUUAGAAUGAAAUUACAUAUGUAUGUAUAAUUUCUUUAAUUUUUUUUUAAAAUAUUUUAUUUAUUUUAUUAUUGUAUUUAUUUAUUGUUGUAAUUAUACGUAUAUAUAUAAAUAUAAAAUAUAUAUGUAUUAUAUAUAUUAUAUAUAUGUAACUUAAUUCUAAGUGUUUUAAUAUUAAUAUAUGUACUUAUAUUAACAUUAAAAUACACUACGUAUGAUGUGUAACAUAUAUAUAAGAUGUAUGUAUAUAUAUAUAUAUGUAUUCUAUAUAUAUAUAUAUAUAUUUUAUAUAUAUAUAUAUAAAUAUAUAUAUAUAUACACACACAUUUAAUUAAUUUUAAACGUUUAAUUAAUUUUUUUUGUACUUUCCCACCAGCAGGGGGACUGUCUGACAUUUCAGACAGUCUCGCUGCUGGCAGAUCCACAGCCAGCUAUAGGGGGCCAUUUCAUGGCUCUUUGAGAGCCAUGACAUGGCACUUGGGGGCCUGAUUUGCCAUGGGAGGGCUGCCUGGGCUGUCAGGCAGUCCUCCCUAAGCGGAUCGCGGCGGAGGUAAGUACUGCGGACCUCCAGGGGCUGAAAGCCGUUACGGCGUUCUAUGCCGCCGCAACUGCUUUAAUGCCCAUUUAAAUGGGGACGGCAUAGAACGCCGUAACGGCUUUAAAGCCCAUUUAAAUGGGGACGGCAUGGAACUCCGUAACGGCGUUAAGGGGUUAAGACUUUGUCCUCUUGUUGUAUAGAAACAUAGAUGACAUAGGAUGACAGUUACAUUUUAUUUUUCACACCUCACAAAUUCAUAUCUGUUUAAUAUUGGACCUAAUAAAAACGUUUCCAAAAAUCCUUGCAAAUUACAGUUCUCCUUUAAGAUGAUAAGAAAAGAAAGAAACAAAAACAUUCGUGAUGUAUAUUUUAAACUGUCGUCUGCCUCAAUUAACAAUGUUUUACAAUUCCAAGGCUGGACUAGUUGCAGUAUGCUGCUCUGUCAUUCAAUUACAUAAGGUUUGAUUUUACAACAUGUCAUUUUUGAUUCUACAUCAUGACCAUGUGUGUAGUUACUAAGUCAUUUAUUAGCUAUUCUUUAUAACAACAUUUGAUAACUUUGCUUUGCACCCCCCACAGGAGCCAUUGCCAUAGCAUAUGUCGUGUGCUGGUUACCCUAUCAUGCCAGAAGACUGAUGUUUUGCUAUGUACCAGAUGAUGAGUGGUCUGGGUAAGUACUAAUUAAACUAGUUUCCAUUAUUCACUAUUAUAAAAAAUAAUAUAUGUAUGUAUGUAUUAUAUGACCAAAAAUAUGUGGACGACCCUUCUGUUCAGUGAUUUAAACCAUGCUUGUUAAUUACAUCUGGCAUGCAGUAAUACAAUCCUACAGCUUUGCAAAUAUAUAUAUAUUUCCAAUCAUUACAGAUGAACGAGACGAAGGAGUUCUUCUCACCCUGUACACUGCACAUUGCCUAUAAAUGUUAUGCAUGGCUAUGGAAAGUAAAAUUGGAAGCCAGUCGUGAUAUCACUAAUUUUUGGGAUUAAACAGACAUUCUAGACACCAUGCAACAUGCUGUAGUGGUUAUGGUGCCAGGAGUUCCCGAGCGUCAUCCACCAGUAAACUGUUAAACUGUUUAUGAGUGCUCACCAUAUUGGGCGUGCAUAGACCUUCUGGUCUGAGAUGUUCUGUAAUGGGUUCAGUUCGGUUCGUUUGACCUUAAAUUUUAACUUCACUUUGAAUUCAUUUUGAAUUCUUAUUUUAGUGAAUAACCCAGAUGGUAUGCAUUGGUAUGACAAUGCAGAAUUGUGAACGUCCACUUCAUUAGACCAUCUCAGACUAGAAAGACCACAAGUGCCCAACACUACAAGGUAAGUGUCAAACCAUUCGUAAACAGUUUGACAGAUUGCUGGCAGAUUGUGCCUGCUGAACCACUUCAGCACACUGCAAUAGUUAUGGUGCUGAGAAUAUCUCGAUAUCCUUGGCAAUCCAAUGCCUUUUGCAGGUUUUUUUCCAUAAAUCAAGGGGUCCCUUUCGUUCCUCACUAAGUAGCUGUGUUGGACUUCAGCAGACAUCAGACAUCCAUUUGAAUCACCUUAUUUCAGGUUACCUGCCAAUUUUGUCCAAGUUCCGUGUACACCACACAGUCAGCUUGGUCUGAUUAGAUGAUAAGUGUGCAAGCCUGACAUGCUUUAAGAUUCAUACAUACAGCACAAAAUGAUAUUAAAAUGAUUUGGUUACAUAUUGUGUCUGGCAGCACUGUAGCAGCAUUGCACAAGUAAUAUUUCACUCUAUUUGUUACUCAAAAACAGCUCAUGGUACAAACCUAAGUAUUACAGCAGGCAUAGUUACUAUAUAAAUGCUAAUAAUAAUAAUAAUAAUGUAGCCAUGCUGUGUAUAAUAUCAUUCAUUCUGCUGUGUAUAAUAUCAUUAAUUCUGUCAUGGGAUCAAAUGUUACCAUUGAUAAAAUAAUGCAGAUAGCUUACUAACGCAGAGCAUCAAUUUCAGACAAUGACAGCAUAUUAUAAAUACAUUGGGUAUAAAAAGGGUCACUUUUUUUUCAAUCUAUGCUGGAAAAAGGCAUAUUAUGUGGUUUAAUGUCAGUAAUUUCACACCUGUUAUUAAAAUGGCCAUUGCAGUAUUUCAGGCUUUGUAGAUUGCAUUUCCCUGUGUUAUUAUCCAGUUGUAGAUAUCCCCACAGUUCAGCCAUUCCGUUCCAUAAGGUGACAGUCAUUCAAUGCGCGAUCAGAAGAUUAUAAUAUUAAACUAUGUUAAUAAGAAUGGAUGGCUAGGAUUCAUUGGUAUUUAAAUAAAUACUUGUCAUGCCGUGAUUCUCAACUAAUUGUACUUAGUGAUAUUUUAUCCACCUCGAAAGGAGAAAUGGCUUUUCUUGGAGGCAAUUGAACCUGUAAAUAUUAGAUAUUGUAUCCAAAAGAGGAUGAAAGAUCCAUCUGGGUUGAUUUACAUUUGUGCCGCAAUAAGGAAAAAAAUGUUCCUGAUUUCAAAUGAUAUUUGGAUAUCUCCUUUGGUCAGGUUAAUGGGCAGUUUGCAGUUUGGCUGUGGACCAAGGCUAGCAGAGGAGAUCCUUUCUUCUCCCCUGCCAGCCCAUGCAGAGCCAGCCUUGAUGUAAGCCCUCUCAGACUGGUGAGGAGAUCACCCUCACUGGCCCUUAGUUACUGCAGAGGGACGGAAGAGCCUUGGAGGCUCUGUGUUCCUCCUGAAAGCAGGCUGGUCGGAGCGUUGCCACAUGUUACCAUGGAAACACUCCGAUACAGUGCUGUGCUCACAGAAGGACAGGAGAGUCAGCCUGCAGCCAGAGGAGCUGCAGGCUAAAGUGAACAAGCCACCACUGGGCCAACAGGGCUUGCAGUAUUGUGUCCCCCUCCCUGGUAAAAGGUAAGAAGAAGGGAGGGAGAGACAUUAAGAUAGAUUUUCACAUCUCACCCACCUACACACAGCAUAGACCCUAUGCACCUUUCACACACAAACACACACUACACCCCUCACAAAUAUACACACACUGCCCCCCUCUCACACACACACAUUGCCCCGUCACACACACACACACACACACACACACACAUACUACCCCCUCACACACACUCCCCCAUAACACAGACUGCCCCUCACACAGACUGCCCCUUCACACACACACAGACUGCUCCCUCACACAGACUGUCCUUUUCACACACACACACACACACACACACACACACACAGACUGUCCCCUCACACACACAGCACAGCACCCUUCACACACGCACAGCACCCUUCAGACAUGCACAUCACUCUUCACAUACACACAGCACCUCUCACACACACUGCACCCUUCACACACACACUGCACCCCUCACCCACAUACAGCACCCUUCACACACACUGCCCCACUCACACACACAAACUGCACCCCUCACCCACAUACAGCACCCUUCACACACACUGCCCCUCUCACACACAUGCACAUUCACACACCACCCUUCACAUACACGGCAACUCAAAAAAUAGAAGUACAUAUUUAAAAAAAAAAAUACUUUCUAAAAAAAAUCACACUUGCGCGCUAUAAAAUUUGUCACUGUAGCACUGGUGGGUGGUAAAGAAAUUUUACCAUCAACAAAUAUACAAAAGUGGGCAGUAGGUAUUAAAAGGUUGACUAUCCCUGAUCUAGGCUAUAGCUUACUGCAGCUCCUGACAGACGUUGACUUUUGUUGAUAAUUCUAUUGUUUGUGAUUAUCUUCUUGCCUAUUCUGUUGUCUGUGAUUAUACAGAUGCCUAGUCUGUUUAUGUUUAUCAUUCUCAUUUAUUGUUUUCCCUAAUUCAGUACCAUUUAGGGUAAAAGUUGCUUUAAUGCAAGAUAUUAAUGCAGUAAUAUCUAGGCAUGUGCAUGGGAAAAAUUUUGACUAAUGGGGGGGACCUAUUGUCCUCCCCCCUGGCCCCCACCCCUGAGCGGUGGGUGGGGGCCCUAAAGUAAAAUAAUGGGGGCACCUAUUGUCCUCCCCCUGGCCCCCACCCCUGAGCAUUGGGUGGGGGCACUAAAUUAGAAUGAGGAGGGGACCUAAUCCACCAAUCAGAGUGCUCUGUGUCAUUUUACACAGCGUGGGAGAGUUCUUUGGAAUUUUCCCACGCUGUGUAAUUUGACUCAUAACACUCUGAUUGGUUACUUAAUCCACCAAUCAGAGUGUUAUGAGUCUUGCAUUGCCCCGCCCUGCAGUUAGGCUCAGAGCACUUUGAUUGGUGGAUUUCAAACCAACCAAUCAGAGGUCAUGAGGUCCCCCCCAUUAUUUUACUUUAGGGCCCCUAAAGCUCUGGAUCCGCCACUGAGCUGAUUUCAAACGAUAGAAUUUGGUUAUGCAUGCAUGAUGCUUGUUUAUUCUGUGCAAGAGAAAACGAUCUUUUGUUAAAAAAACUAAACAAAAACAAACGGUAGUCUAAAACUCUACAAACCUUGCUCUUAAAGUAGGAGAAUUUAGACAAAAUGGAUCUUCUCAGUUUUUGUGCACUUUCAAAUGAUCUGAUUCCUGAGUGGAAUGAUAUUUUAUUUUAUCAAUAACAGCUAAUUUCACAGCUAAAUGCCGACCUAAUCUAAUCUACAGAAUACCUCCAUACAUUUUACAAAUCUGUACGAUGAAACCCAUACCUUUGGUAACCAAAUAUGCUGUAGAUACAUUAGGGGGCAUGAAGUCUACAGGGUAAGCUCUAAUGUGUAAUGAAUUAAAUGGAUCUCUUUCUUAUUUUUGGUGUUUCCGUUUUUGGUUCUGUGGUUUUUUUUUGUUUUUUGUUUUUUAUAUUUAUCAGUAUUUACAAUUUUAUCGUGUGUGUAUGUGUGUGUGUGUGUAUAUAUAUAUAUAUAUAUAUAUAUAUAUUUCCUUAGUUUUCCUUUGUCUGUAGUCAUGAUUACAAGGACACUUAAGUGCAUUUUUCAUCACGUCCAGACCUCUGUAGUCUUACUAAAAAGGAAGUUAAAUGCUUUGCAGCUUUCUAUAUUGUAACUCCGCCCCCUUUGCCACACACUCUCCUAUCCCGGAGCAACUUCCUUACUGUACUAGGAGUACAUAUUCAGCUCUGCCAAUAAGAGAACACUGUGAGUUAGACUGCUGAUAUCCCUACCCUUUACAGCUAAUCACUUAUAAUUUGUCCCCGUUAUCCAUAGGAUGGCUUUAAAAUACUGCACAAAUAAUAGAAUGACAGUGAUUGGCUGUCACAGCACAUGAUAUCUGUAGUUCGGCUCUCUCUUUAGCACAGUUACAUGGCUUACUUUCCAAUCAAAAAGGUGUUUUGUGAAAAGGGUUGAAUUGGCUAAGGGGGUGAAGUUGCGUUACAUAAAGCUGCAAAACAUUUUUUUUAGCAAAACCAAAGAGAUUUGAAUAUGGAGAGUAAUACAGCGUAAAUAUGAAGCCAAACCCCCAAUGCAUUUAAAGGGACACUCUUGUCACCAGAACAACUACAGAUUAUUGUAUUUGUUCUGGUAAGUAUAAUCAUUCCCUUCCUUGUUUACAUUACAGUCUAGAGAUACCUCCAGUGGCCACUCCUAAGAUGGCUGCUAGAGGUGCUUUGUGUGGCAGUGGAGACACUGAAUGUUAUCUAUAUGAGGAGAUGCUAAUUGGCCAGGGCUGUGUUUGACUUGUGGUGGAUCUGUCCCUAAUCUGCCUCUUUGACAGUCUCAGCCAAUCUUAUGGGAAAGCAUCGUGAUUUGCUCAGAGAAUCACUUCUGAUUAUGUCAGUCAAGUAGGCAGAUCAGGGGAACAGCCAGCAGCAGCAGACUUGAAUAAAAGUAAGAUUUUACUAUAUUUAGGGCAUAAAGAAGGCUAGCAGGGGAGAUAGACAGUGGUUUUAACAACUGUAAUACUAUAGUGUUCCUUUGAGUUUUGUUGGUGCCCAGCAUUUUCCUUUAAGGCUACAUAGAUUGAAAAGAAGUAUGUUUUGAGAUAUUUUGCUCUUUAAAAAAAAAAAAAAAAGAUUACUUUUCCCUCAUAACCUUUUUUUAGCCAAUUCCUAGGCAACAUUAUACAUUACAGAGGGGAAAUUGUUUUUGAGACCUUUUGUACAGUACUUUAGUAGAGUUCAGUGUUCUGACAAAAUAAAAUGUGUCACUGCAUCUACUAUUUAUUUAAAUAUCUAUUUACAUGUUUAGAAGCAACAGUUGUUUUUUUUUUUUCGUCUUUCAAAUCGUAUUGUGUCCUUCUUUAUGGGUAAAGGAAAAGAGUAUAUGAACUUUUAAGCAGGUCUAAUCAGAUUUACUUUGGAGAUAAAAUUACCCAGCAAAGCAGGAUAGAUCACAGAGGUGCCAGAAUUUCCCGAACUGUCAGCAUUAUCACUUUUACCAUUGCACAUUGCAAUCUAGUACAUAUUUCCUUUUGUGUUAAAAUUAUAUAUCUUUUGACAGUGUUUCCACCUUUUUUUUUUCCAAUUUUGUCUUUCAGAUUUCUCUAUAAUUUCUACCACUAUUUCUACAUGCUAACUAAUACCUUGUUCUAUGUCAGCUCGGCCGUUAAUCCCAUUCUCUAUAACGUGGUCUCCUCUUCCUUCAGGCAGCUGUUUUUCGAGACACUAGAAUUUUCCUGCAGCAAACCGAAUGUAGCACUGUCGGUGAAGCAAACAACUCACACUCUCAAAACUAGCAGUUGUGUUAACUGAUUUCCUAAUGGGAAGAGAGGACCAUCCGUAGGAAUUUCCAUGUUUAUGUGAAGUGACACACAUUGCAUGCUACCAAGAAGAGACUCACUGUUUGAAAGCCCUGUGUGUAAUGGUGUAAUAUACACAGCUGUGGUUAUUUAUCCUGUUUCAUCUUUUUCCAUUUUAACAGAUUUACAUGGAGUUGUUAUGAUAUUGUAACUCUUGAUAAUGUGUCAAAUUAAUAUGGAAAAGGAGAUUUAAUCAAGGAUUCAGUAGCUGGUAGUGGUUGGCUCGAAUCACCAUAUAUAUGGUUCCCAAUAGCUGGUAAUCUCCAGGCUUAGGGUGACUGAUUUAGAAGAGCUUCUAGGUUUAUCGUUCCCAUUUUUGCCUGCCAUAUUAACACCGAAUUUCAGGAUACAGAAGACAAGGAAGGAGAAAUAUAGAACCAAGAGAGGGAUUACCGGAACAAGAAGAGAAAGUCCCAGCACUAGAAGAAGAGGAACCAGAAAUACCAGAAAUGGGAAAAGGGAGAGCACGCACAAAAAGAGAGAAAACUAGAAUGAUGAAAGGCAUAUCUAGAACAUAAAAAGGAAAAACUAUUUCUGGAGUAUUGACCAAGGACCUUUAAAAACAAUCCUAAAAUUCAUGCACUGUACUUGGAGCCUCCCAGUUUAGAAAUCUUCAUCAAUAAUGAAAUGUAUAAAUAUUGAAAAUGCAAGUAAAAUGGUCAAAUGCUUUAAACAGAUUUUAAUGUGAGCUAUAAAACUCUUUGUAUAUAUUUUCAAUUAUAUCUUGAAAAAUAUAUUAAUUUCAUUGUAUACGGUAUCCUUCACCAGGGCCCACUAUCCCAAGGUCACACAUGGCAAUGUCCCAGACAGUAUUAUUUAAAUUUCAAUGGGAACGAUUGCAGCUAUCGUUCCACUUCACUUAGAGACAAUGGUAAAUCUUCAGUUUAGAUUACACCACUUCUGCCGAGACCUAUUGCACUUUAGUAGUUAU